CUUUAGCUGCAACAUCGAGGGGAAUUUCCUCAGCUCUGUGCUAGACUCUGGGGAUGAGCCAUUGACUUGCUUAUAUUAAAGCGCUGCGCGUGUCAAGAGGGGUGUUGUACCUAUAUUUGACCCUUACAUAUACCGUAUAACUCAGAGCUCUCAGAUCGGGAACUCUGUGCGUCUUGAAGCCCUGCGUUGUCCUCGCAAACCUAGAAACUCUCAGUAACUCUCAGAGAGCCUCCCUCAGCUUUCCCGGUUGCGACUUUUUUUUAAGGUCAACCUCUACAUGGGUAGCCAACAUACACACCAUAUAUCUCGGAAACAUACCUAGGAUUAUAAUGGCGCGAGGCGAAGACAAUAACGGCACAGUGGCCAUGCCCCGACUGGAGGAUAUCCUUCGGUACCCGGAAGAUCUUGACAAGAUUGUGGCCCUGAAAGCUGAGUACUCGCGGAAGAAAGGCGCUGUUGAUGCACAGCUGCGCGAGGGGCUUAGGGACCAGCUCGAAUCCGUUCAACGCAGUAUUAACGCUCUCACCGAGGGUCAGCGGCAGGUGUCCAAGACCAAGGACGAGCUGCAAGGCAUCGACAAGCUGUGCGCCGAGUCUCAAAAUAGUGUGGAGGACUUCUCUCAGAUUGACAAAUUAGCCAAGGUGCAACGCAAUUUUGAGGCGACACUGAUGAUGAAGAAAGGACUGGAAACGUUCAGCGAGAACCUGGCGGUUGUCGAGGAUCUCCUGCGGGAGGACGAUGACGACCUGGAGAAUCAGCCCAACCUGUUGAAGGCUCAUAUGCAGAUCUCCCGACUGCGCGACUUCCGGGACGAGGCCAUGGAUCAGAUACGCAAGGCGCAGGAUCCGAGUAGUGAGCAGACGCUGGGGGACUUUUUCCAGGGCUUAGAUUCCGUCAUCGACUGGUUCGAUGAUCAUCUGGGGACGGCCUGCAUGAAUCUUAUUCCGUUGGUACAAUCAGAUAACCCGGGCAUGGUGGUUCGGUUGGCGGUGGUUGUAAUGAACGAGGAGAAGAACGAUGAGACCGUCCGUGCUCUACAAGAGGCGCAGAAGGACCACCAGGACCUGGCCGACCGGUUCAAAUCCAUGAACGUGGGCCCCAAGACCGUGCGGGGCUACAAAGAGAAGUUCCUGAAAGCUAUUGAGUUUUAUGCACAAAAUCAAUUCGAAGAGACCAAGGAGGAGUUUCUCUCGAACCCCGACAGUCUGGACAAAAGCUUUCGAUGGUUCUUCAACGAUCUGUACACCGUUCAGCAAGGCAUGCAGCCGCUGAUGCCGAAGAAGUGGAAGAUUUACAAGACAUACACGGACAUUUAUCACCGCAUGAUUCAUGAUCUCUUCAUUGAAAUGAUCAACGACUCGGAACUGCCGGCUGACAACCUGCUCGCCAUUAUACACUGGACGGAGAAGUACUACAAGAAAAUGGCCAAGCUUGGCUGGCAACAAUCCGACCUUCAGCCCAACCUUCUCGACGACCGGGAGCCCGAGCUCAUCCGGCAGUGGCAGAACAUCAUCAUCCGUGCCGUGGAGGAAUGGACAAACCGGAUUGCUGAAACUGAGAGGAAGAAUCUCGUGGAGAGAAUUCCCGAUUCCCUGGAUACCAACCCAGAAGGCUGCUUCCGCACCAAGACCCUCCCCGACAUGUGGCGUAUGCUCCACGAGCAGAUCAUGGCCUCGGGGGCCUCCUCGCGUACGGACGUUGUGGAGGGUAUCAUCGAUGCCAUGUUCGCGGUGCUAAAGAGCCGCCAGACGGCAUGGCAGGUCCUCGUCGACGAGGAAUGCGCUAAGUACAAGGCGCCCGGUGGCGAUCAGCUCGACGGCCUCCAGCUGCUGCAGGACUGGCUCAUCGCGAUCGCGAACGACCAAAUCGCCUGCAUCGACGACAACGAGGAGACGGGUCAACUGGGCUACUUGACGCGGUUCAAGCGCGACUUCGAGACGAUCGUAGACCCCAAGUACAUGGCGGCGCGGGCGAUCCCGGAGUUGGAAGCGCUGCGCGACGGGUACGUCGACCUCAGCACACACUGCCUGAACCAGUUCGUCGAGCUCAUCUUUGCCGUCGACUUCCGCACCACGAUCCCGGACUUUUUCACCCAGAAGUGGUACGGCGACUUCGCCAUCAAGCGCAUCACCUCCACUUUCGAGGACUAUAUGGCCGACUACACCCCGGUCCUCCACCCGUCCCUCAUCGAUAUCCUCGUCGAGGAGCUCUCUGACGAGCUCCUGGUCCGCUACCUCUCGUCCGUGCGCAACCGCGGCGUCAAGUUCCGCCACCACACCGAUCCUUACACCGAAAAGUUCAAGGAUGAUGUCCUUACCGUCUUCGCUUUCUUCCAGAACUACCCGGACUCCUUCGCCGGCACCAUCAAGCAGAAAUGGCGUCUGGUCGACUGGCUGGUGCGCCUGCUCGAGGCCGAAAAGGGUCCCGCCCUCGUCGCCGUCUACGAGAGUUUCAAGACUGAGUACUGGGACCUGCAGCUCUCGUGGGUCGAGGCUGUCGUGCGCACCAGGGACGAUUUUGAGCGGAGCAUGAUCAGUGCCAUCAAGGCCAAGGCGGCGGAGUUGUCCGUCGAGCGCGGCAUGGAGACGCUCAUGAGCAAGCUUCGGUGACUUUGCUGAAUGUCAUGUGUCUGGUUGAUUUCUGUGCCAUGGAAGAGGGUGGGUAUCAUUAUGUCCAUUCAGUUUGAUGUCUGUUUCCCAGCGUGGCGUUUGGGUGUCCGCCCCGGAGUUGGUUUUGGGUAACUAACUGGUCUUGAUUAUGAACCACCUUAUAAAUGCAAA